GUCGGGACGCUCCACGUCGUGGCCCUUUAAUCCCGGAUCGAUCGAUGGAUCCGCUGUAUUCCUGUAGUUCGAUCCUUCGAGAAGUCGACCGGUCAGGCCGUCGUCGAUCCCUGAUGGAAACCGGUCGGGAGGAUCGAUAGUGAAAGUUUCGAUCGUCCGGGGUCAUGGUUGUCGCGAGUUCGGUGCAGGUGAACCGCGUGAGUGACAUUCGUGCAUCUGAGGCCACAGCUGGUCCCUGCUGGUACCAGUGAUCUAAGGGACGAGCACUGACAGGAAACGUGAACAGUUACCUCGCGAUUUUUCGCCGGAGCUCGUGAAUUCAGUGCCUAUGAAACCGUGAAAACAAUUUGGUGCGUGACGAUGUCGUCGAGUGGUGAAUUUUCGACGUUAUCCAGUGGUGAGGCUACCGGGACUGGGGAUGAUUCGUUGCCCAGUUCGCGGGAAGCAACUGCGGAGGCUGGGAAUUCUGGGGGUGGAUUCAUGCCUUUGCGCGAGUUUCUGGACAGAUUUUCGUUACCGAGGGUUGUUAGGGUGGAAGGUGCUGGUGGAAGACCGAUAUUGUUGUAUAAGCAACAGCAAAGAUCGUUGAGAGUUACGGCUACACUGUUGAUGCAUCGUUAUCGGCACGACGUCAAAGUUGGACCCGAAAUCGUGAUCCCUGAAGGAUAUCCUGGUUGGUUCUCCGUUGUCUCGAACAACAGUGGUACCGGAAGCGCCAGGGUGUACAGAAGAGUGGGUGCGUUGGUUCGAGCCGGUGUUCCGGCGUUCCUGCUCGCGAAACCUCUACGUGCCUACACGCUAACACACUCGAAGAUGGAAAAUGGAAACUUGAGAGCCCACUACACGAAAACCACAGUGCGUGCCGGAGAAGUGCUGCGACUCGCCGCGGUUUUUCAAGACACCAGGAGAGCGCCGGUCAACGGCAUUUCCGGUGUCGUUAGCGGCGUUCCGGAAGGCAAGAGUUCAAGGUCGUCGGAACGAGAUCAGUAUGCUCAGUGCCUAGAUUCUCAUGGGCACGAACUUUUCGCCCCUCUAUCGGCGAGAGGAGAGUUCUAUGCCACCUGUCAGAGCGGGAGUCUCGAUACCGGAAGCGACGCUGUGUUGUACAGGGUCCAUCAGCUGGCGAGAAGAGAUCUUCCACUUAGGGUGCGAUUAGUAGCGGGUCCUCUGCCAAUACCGUUGCCACGAGAUUAUAGCGGACUGAUGCAGCUGGAGGGCGCAACAAGGGGCCCCAUAGUUUUAGGAUGUGCUGUUCCUUUGCUACCCGAGAGACCUUUACCAAAUUCUACCGUCCCUGAACUUUUGGAACUAGUUGCCACGGGACCAACAGCUCCUCGAGUUAAAAGGGCACGGUUAGGUUGCCCUUCUGAAGCGAGAUUGCUGGCGUCGCCCAAGAUGCAGCGGCUACUUUCAGCUUGCAGAAGAGCCUUAGACCAGCGAGCAACGGAGCCCCGAGUAGCGCCUCCCAAGCCCAGCAGCACCAGCGGCCAGCUAAAAGAACUGCACCUGAAGGAGAUCAAAUCGAAACCAGAAGCGAAACCGAUCCUCCAAAGUCUGAAAGAGGGUUUGGAGCACAUUAAGAGAACAACGAUCAGGGAUCGCAGCAACAGUCGAGCUAGUAGCAACAACCACAGCUUCCUCGACCGGAUAUCGAGGAUAGCUCAGGGUGGCAGAAGCAGAAAUCCGGCGAAGAAGUCCGCCUCGUUCACGUUCGCUGUUCGUCCGGAAAUCGGCAUGCGGACAGAAAGAUACGCCAGUUUGGAAUCGGAGACGAAUCUGCUUCAAGGUUCGCAGUCCUCGAGGCAGCAGGUUCAACGAUCGGUCUCCACCAGCGUGCUGGAGGUGCAAACUCAGCAGGAUCUGGAUCCUCCGUACUCCAAGGUCAGAGAUAGCCUAACUCCGUUGCCGCCCACUCCGCCUUCCAGGACUGAGGAGAUCUACGCCGAAAUUUGUGAACCGACGAACGUUAGCCCGCCAGAAGAGAAACCUCCGCCUGGCAGCGCGGACAAAAAUAAGGGUUACGUGAAAUUGGCGUUGUCGCAGUCCGAGAUUUCUGACGCGAACACUUUCGAUGAUGAGGAGGGAAUUUAUAAUACGGUUUGUUGAUCGUGAGUGUUCCGCGCGUUCUGCGGAAAGGCAGCACUUCUGCAACGAAGUGCUUUCUGGAGAUCUUUGCGAGCCGGAGAUUCGAGUUGUUCGAAGUACUGUGUGUCUCAUGAGAAGUCGCGCGGCGAUGUUUGGUCGGACACGCCCACAAUUUCUAUUGGAGCAGGAGGUCGAUUAGACAGGGCUGUGAACUGCGUAGGUGUGUUAGGAGCUUCUUGGGAGGCACGCACGGUAUUUGCUAUGUACUGGAAGAUUAUUGAAAUGGUGGCUUUAUUGGUUGAACUGUGGAUACGGACGGUAGGUAUUGAAGAGUAACGAAUUGGGUCUAGAUAUGAGUUGUUCGAAAGACUUGCGAUUUGGACAUUUGACCUUUAGCAAACUUAAAAAUUAAAAAAUUUCGUUUGUAUUUUCGAAGGAUCCUAAACUAAUAUAUAGCAGACCAAAUCUACCUAAUUAUAAGGUGCACAUAAUCAUUUCCAGUCUUCAAAUCACGAAGACCAAUCCGAACAAUUCCUAAUUAUUUCGAACAACACGAAUCAGAAGGCUCGCAGAGGGUGCUCGUCACGUGCCCGGUCACGGGUCGUCAACGACCCCUAACACGGUGACCGUUAAAGGUUUAGUUUAUCAAAUUAGGAGCAUCUGGUGGCGAAACCGAGAAGCUCCGGCGAUCCUUGUCUCUCCCACGAGAAAAGACAAGGACAGCAACAAUUUCGUCGACGCGACACGUUCAAGCGAACAAACAAUAUUUUCUCGUACUUUCUUUUCCAAAGUAUUCUUCGCUUCAUUACGCGGCUCCGUACCGAGCCCGAUUUUGCAAUUUGCCCCUUGAAAUGUUAUAAAAAUAUAUUUUCGUUUUUAAUCAAAUUUUGAAGGUCGAAUUGCAAAGGCUCUGUAUCGACCUGCACUGUACGGAGAAUAUUUUGAAAAGGAAGUACGAGAAAAUGUUGCUUGUUGCUUGAAAAUGCGUCGGCAAAAUUGUUGCUGUCUUCGUCUCUCGUUGCUCUGAACUGUUUCAACGAAUGUCCGCAGUGGAGAGACAAGGAUCGGUUUCUCGUAUGUCGCCGGAGGAUCAAAGUCGAUUUAGAGUUCGUUUUACUAAACCCUUUGACACUGAAAACGCUAUAGCGAAGUUCAUUGAUAGAGAUAACGCGCGACUUCCUGGCUAGACCUGGAAGAACCGUUCGCGCAGAAACAGCGCUGCGCGGCGCCUACGGAAUUUACAACGCCAUUUGCCGAAGAAAUUAUCCUCCCUAAGUCUUUUUCUCCCCUUUUCCCGCACGGUGUUCACCACAGGGAACCGGGCGAAAGAUUUACAAGGCUGUUGACCGGGGAAAAUGAUCGCGUAAUUACGGUCCCGCGCGUGUACGGCGGAUGUAGCGGGGCUCUACGGGACGCUGCGCGACUUCCGGUACCGAGGAAUCUGUGCUGCGAAUCGAUAUGAUUAGCCUUGUCUGAUAACCCGUAUUCGAUACUUAAAAAAUAACAAAUUUUCUAAUAAUUUUCUCAAAUUUUGCGUCUUCCUUUCAAGUACGUAAAUGAUUUUAUUAUCGGACGUAUUAAAA